AUGGGCUUAUAUAAAAAUGAACGAUUUUGUUAUCUGAAUCAUACUGCAAAAUUAUUUGAAAAAGAUCCAUUUUAUACAUUAGGAUUCAUUUUGGAUCGUUUACAAGAAGAACUUGAAAAAUGUUUCGAUGAAUUUUCAAAUGAUUUUAUUUUUAAACCCAAUGACUUACAUUUAAUCGUAGGUGGUGGACAAGCAAAAGAAUAUGAUAUUCUUCGUCAAGAUUGUUCAUUAUUGGCUACAAAAGACACUGAAGUACUGGAUAAAUUAAAUAAAUAUUUUGAUAAUACAUCGCAACAUUAUUUAUACAGAAAAUUAAUGAAUAACGUAACUAUUCUAAAUGCUGUUUCAUUUCCAAUGGAUGAACAUGAAGAAGUAGAAGCUAUGGAUGAGAAUUUUUAUGAAAUUUGA